AUGCGUGGGGUCCUGCUCACAAUUGGCUUCUUGGCCGUUGCUACCGCAACAAGGAACCCAAACUGCACUGAUGGCCUGUACAUGAUUGUAGCCAGAGGCACCACAGAACCAGCAGCUGCCAAUGAGGAAGGUCUCUACCCAGAGAACUCCGGAAGCCAUGGGUAUCUUGCACAGCUUAUUGCGGCGCAUAUCAAGGACUCUAGUAUCAUCGGGCCAUUAACCUCUGUUGUCCUUUGCCGCGGCGCUGGUGGCGACUUCAACCAUAAUCCACCGCUAUUACCAGAUAGAGUUAAGAGCACCGUCGUUGCGGCCGUGUUGUUUGGCGACCCAACGGACAUUGCUAACGCAGCCUAUGAUCGCGACAGAAGCUUUCACAACGGAACCUUACCGCGAACGAACAACAUCGUGUGCAAGCAGUACGGCGACCGGAUGACAUCAUGGUGCGACCAAGGUGACGACUAUGCGACGCAGGCCACAUCGAUGCGGUUCAUGUUCUCUAUCUUCAGAAAUACACCAGUGCCAUGGUUCAAUACGUGGUUGAAAGAUGGCAAAAUUCCACAGCGUCCUCUGUUACUGCGACGGCCGCAUCCGCAGGCUCCUCCACAAGCUCAAGGGCAAGCGGUGUGUCGACCGGCACGCAGACAGCGUCACCCACAACCUCAGAGUCCAGCCGUCCCUCCACUGGCACGGCGUCUGGACUUACUAUACUAG